ACAUAAAUAGUGAAUGUGUCUCAUUUAUAAAUUUAAAAAAAUAAUUUUAUAGAACUUUUAUCAUAACUUUAACUUUUUAACUAGUUGAUGCCCACCUUUGUACUACAAAAGGUCUCUAGCAGCGUACGGUAUGCUUAUAACAGUUAAACGGUUAGACAUUGUAUUUCAUUCGUAUCUUAUUCUUUCAUAAUAUUAUUGCGAGUCACUCAUACUACUGAGGAUAUAUCACGGACCGCGUCAACGGGGUAGAGUUCUAUGAUCGAAGUCACUAUGUUAAGUGUUUUAAUUUAUAUAUUUGACACAUAGUAGGUAUGUUGAGAUAUACUAAGUACCACUGAAUAUUGUAAUAUUGUUCUGGCGUCAUGAGUCGCAAACGUUUCGACCAUUUUUACAAUCGUUAUAUAAUAUAUUAAAAUAUUGGGGCCGAAUGCCGAUGCCUAAAAAAUACAUUUGUGACACAAAAAUACAAAAAAAUUCCCUAAAGUUCUUAAACGUAAUAACGGCCUUUUAAAUGCUUAAAAAAAGUUUUCAUAAAACCGGUAAUGUUAAUAAUGUGAUAUUGUAUUGAUUUAAAAAUUAACAACUACGAUUUACAAAUAUACGUUCUAUCAAAAUGUGGAAAAUUAUAUAAAAUAUAAAAAUGAGAAAUAAUUACUGAACACACUUGUGGUUUAUUUCAUAUUUUAAGUGAAUUUAUUCAUAUAGGUACCUACAUCAAAGUGUUAUUUUUAAAUACUGUGUUGAGAUAGGCAAAUUAAGUCGUGUUGUCGAGCCGUGUGAGUUAUAAGACAGCAGUUACACUGUUAAUUGUGACGCUCUGUUGAGAUAGCCUGUGUUGCAGUUUUAAUUAUAAUAUGAGAUAAGUAGUUUUAUUUUAUUUUUUUUGCAACCUUAUCUCAAAUAUUUUGGUCAAUUUUUAUGUUUGUGUUUUGCAGAUAAAAUUGAAAAAAAAAUAUUUAACUAAAGUAAAAAUGAAAAAAAUAAAGGUACACCUGUCGACUACACUGAGUAGGUAAUAGAAAUCAAUUCGUCCAACGUGUAAAAUCUUAACGGACAAAGGUACCAAAUAAAACGAUGUCUCAUAUUAUAAUAACGCAGAUCAUUUGCCAUAACAAUUAAAUUUUUAUGUAAUUAAACAAUUACAGUGCCAUCCACUCGACACGUGCUACUGUACAAGUACAACAGAGCUGCGGGACUUGCCCACUUGCCCACUUUCUUCCAACUUAAAUUUUUCUCGUUUUCAAUAUAAUAAUAUCGUAAUGGAAAAUCUGGAAAUAUCGCUAAAAUGUACGACACGUCCGUUUUUCCCCUCGUGAAACCGAUUCGGUCGUUUCGUAAUGGUUUAUAAACUAUAAUAUCGUCGCCGCGCGUGAAGACUAUUGAAGUGCUCGCCGUUUAUUAAAUAUAUUAGCAUCGCGUAGUUGUUGCGAAACAUUCUUUCAUAAAAUAAUGAAUUCUCAUACAAACCGAGUCUCGCUUGGAAUCGCUUAUAUCAUUAUUUAUAUUAAACAUUCAGAAAAAUAAAUAAAUCAAACAGUCAAAGGGUCCGCCAAAAGAUGCAAACAUCCCGACGAAACAAGAAAAAAAUGGGUGGCGUUGUAAUAUUAUAAUAGUAAAUUGUGUGACACGGCGAGAAAAAAAUUCUUAACCGGUAUAUGGCCGCAUUUUUUACGCUUUACAUUAUAUUACUAUAAAUACUUAAGCUAAAAAAAAACUAACUACUAUGACGUGUCAACAAUGUCAUUUUAACGGAUAGAAUAUAGAUAUGCGCCUACCGCGUGAAAACUUUAUCCGAAAAUCUUAAAAACUUUUAACGAUGUUUGAUGAUUUUUUCAACGUGUUUUUACGAAUUAUAAUAUAACUAAAUAAAUAUUUAUGCGGAUCGGUAGGCAGGUAACUAAAAAAAAACCAAUUAAACUUUUGUUUAUCGAAUUAUUGUAUCGUAACUACAGAUAAACUGCAUGAUUGUAGACAUAUAUAUUAUAAUAUUCCGUUUCGGACGGCUCGUCAGAUUAUAGCUUUUGUCGAUAUUAAUACAAUAUAAUGUUAUAUUAUAUUGUGGAUCAGAUUAGUUAAUACUAGAUAAACACUUUUUUAUCCGGACGAAAAUAAAAGUAAUACGACAAAAAGUUAUCUAGACAAAGAUAAAAGAUAAAUAAUUUUUAUCUAGAUAAAAAAAAGAUAAAUUUUUAGUACUUUUAGAUAUAACUUUUUAGUUAAAAAAAGAAAACGACAGUAGAUAACUUGCAAUAGUAAACAAAGCGAUAACAGAUAAUAUAAUGGCAAUAAUAUUUAAAACAAUAUUAUAGUGCAUCAACAUUUUUGAAAUAUGCAAUGCCUCUGUAGUGACGAUACCAUCAACGUAUAAAUAAUGAUUAAUUCGAUUACAAACAUAACUGCUCGAGUACGUCAUAAUAUCUUGACAACAAAAAUAAAUAUAUAUUGAAGUGAUUUUCCUACGGAAAUCGAAUAUAAAUGUUUAGUGCUUCAAAGGAUUAUUUUCAGGAGUGUUCUGUAGUGUGUCUAUAUACACUGUAAGUACCUACCUAUAGAAGUAUUGAGUGAUUUUUCACUAUAACAGUGGAAGAAUGCAUUCUGCAGCUCUGCAUGGCUGUAACAGGUAUUAGUAGAGUUGCUUACGAACACAAAAUAAUAAUAAUGUUGUAUUAAUUUGAAUAAAACAGCCAAAAAUUCAAUUUGCAAUGAUAGAUGACAUUAUACUUAAAUUAAAUCUAAAAAGUUAGUGUACAGAAUACAAUCGAUAUAAAAGAAAUACGUGCAUAUAGUAUUUGGCAAAUGUAUUACCCACCUAUGUGCUUAGGGUUCUCAAAUGAAAUUGAAAAUAUUUAAGUCCAAAAUAUGUUUUAUAAGUAGAUGAAGUUUUUUUAUUUGUAUUCGUUUAUUCAUUAAUUAUUUAUUAAUAUUUGAUACAAUUAACCAACGCAUUUGCAUAAUGUAAGUGUGUGACUAUAAACUUUGAAAUAUAAUAAACGACUAGUCUUUAUUUAUAUGUUUUACAUACCUAUAUUAAAUAUUUCUAGUAGUUACUAAUGCAAUAUAUUAUAUUUCUAUACUUAAAUAAAAACACGGAAUAACUACGAGCCAUGUGAGAUGUGGGGUGAUUCAAUAUACAUAUACAUAUAUAUUAUGCAUAUAUAUAUAUAUAUUAUAUAUACAUUCCUUAUAUACACAACUACACAAGUGACACAUUCAACACAUAAAUAUAAUAUUUACUAUUUAAUGCCUCUCUGAUCAAACAUUUAGUAAAAACAACACAAUCAAUUAUCAACGGCGCCAGACGACACUCACAUUAUAAAAUCAUGAACGCAUUAUAACUCAAAUUAAUAUAUUAUACUUCAAGACCUAUCCAAUCAGACGUUUAGUAAAAAGAACACAAUAAAUUAAACACAGCGACACCUUUGUCACGCCGCAAAAAGUAAAAUCAUAAACACAUCAAUACUUUAAUGUUACGUUCAAUCGAUACACACCGACAAGGAAGGGAUUACACAAAAAUCGUUCUUUACAUGGAUAUGACAAAAUCGACAGAGCUCACCAUUUCAGUCAGAUCAGUCUAGUCCGCCAGUCCGUCGAGGGAAGGCAGUGAGUUCCAGAGGUGCCUCAAGACACAACGUCCACGCCAGUAUGCACUACAAUAUAUUCUUUGGCAUUAAAAUAAAUGCAUUCACACUUGUAUGUAUAUUAGGUCAUUCGAACCCCUUCGGUAUAAGCUUCGUUACUUAUCUUGUACUACUCACCAAAUCAACUCGUUAAUUAUUUAUUUCCACUAAACUUAAUACUGUCUACCACGUACAACAGUACUUACAUAUUAAUCGUAGGCUCGUACAUUGAUUCAUAGGGUUGGGUUGUUAUAAAUAUCCGUAAAAGGUCCUAUAUGGUGACGAUACACAAUAAAGUAGUAGAAUAAUUAUACGAAUAGGUAUUUCCUUUAAAAUGAAGAUAUAAAAUCACUAAUCAAAGUUAAAUAAUAUCAGAACAGCCAUGUCAUAUACCCAUAAUAUGACACUCUCCUUUUUAAUAUAUAUUGUUCCAACUAUUUUUAUAAUUUAUUAUUAUUCUUUCCCCUCCCCUAUAUCUUUUCGUAUUUUUAAUCUAUUACACUAAUUAGUGUAAUUACUAUUUAAUUAUUAGAAACUUUGUCGUAUGGAGAUUGUUACCCUGAUAUAUAUAAUAUAUAUAUAUAUAUAUAUAUUCAAAGUUUACGAUCAAUACUUCUGUAUUAUAAUUUAUCAAUUUAAAUAAUUAAAUAAUAAUACAAAAAAUACUGGCUUGAAAACCUGACUAUGUCCAACAAUUCUAAUCGACUGUAAAUGGGUUACUAGGAUAACCUGGUAACCAAAACAUACAUGAUUUUGUAUAACAUAAUAUUAUAAUAAAGUCAAAAGUCGUUUACCUGUUAAUCCGUGAAUAUAUUAUUAAGCAGGUCCAUUUACUAGAAGAAAUUGUAUUAGAUGACUGUGAGAUUUGCAGUAGAAUCAACAGCACUCCAUGGACAAACUCACAUGUAUUGGGAGGAAGCGUGUGGCCGAUAAGCAAUAUCCGUGUGACGCAUGUGACAAACGGUUCAAUUCGGAUGACGACUUAAUGGUUCACAAGCGGACUCACGCGGGAGAGAAGCUAUACCUGUGUGAUGAAUCUUUCACUCAAAUGAGAAACCUAACAUUACAUCAGAGGACUCACACGGGAGAGAAGCCGUACCCGUGCGACGUAUGUGAUAAGUCUUUCUCUCAAAUCAGUAGCCUAACAAUACAUCAGAGGACUCAUACGGGAGAGAAGCCGUACCCGUGCGACGUAUGUGACAAAUGGUUCAGUAGCAAUGGUCAACUAACGGUUCACAAGCGGUCGCAUACGGGAGAGAAGCCUUACCCGUGCGACGUGUGUGAUAAAUCUUUCUCUCAAAUGAUUAACCUAACAUUACAUCAGAGGACUCACACGGGAGAGAAGCCGUACCCGUGCGACGUAUGUGAUAAGUCUUUCUCUCAAAUCAGUAGCCUAACAAUACAUCAGAGGACUCAUACGGGAGAGAAGCCGUACCCGUGCGACGUAUGUGAUAAAUCUUUCUCUCAAAUGAUUAACCUAACAUUACAUCAGAGGACUCACACGGGAGAGAAGCCUUACCCGUGCGACGUGUGUGAUAAAUCUUUCUCUCAAAUGAUUAACCUAACAUCACAUCAGAGGACUCACACGGGAGAGAAGCCGUACCCGUGCAACGUAUGUGAUAAAUCUUUCUCUCAAAUCAGUAGCCUAACAACACAUCAGAGGACUCAUACGGGAGAGAAGCCGUACCCAUGUGACAUAUGCGACAAAUGGUUCAGUAGUAAUGGUCAACUAACGGUUCACAAGCGGUCGCAUACGGGAGAGAAGCCGUACCCGUGUGACAUAUGCGACAAAUGGUUCAGUAGUAAUGGUCAACUAACGGUUCACAAGCGGUCGCAUACGGGAGAGAAGCCGUACCCGUGCGACGUAUGUGAUAAAUCUUUCUCUCAAAUCAGUAGCCUAACAAUACAUCAGAGGACUCAUACGGGAGAGAAGCCUUACCCGUGCGACGUGUGUGAUAAAUCUUUCUCUCAAAUGAUUAACCUAACAUUACAUCAGAGGACUCACACGGGAGAGAAGCCGUACCCGUGUGACAUAUGCGACAAAUGGUUCAGUAGCAAUGGUCAACUAACGGUUCACAAGCGGUCGCAUACGGGAGAGAAGCCGUACCCCUGCGACGUAUGUGAUAAAUCUUUCUCUAAAAUCAGUAGCCUAACAUUACAUCAGAGGACUCACACGGGAGAGAAGCCGUACCCGAUUAUGUUUAGUCGUUCUGAUGUCAUAUAAGGCUGAUUAGUAAUUUUAUUUCACUAACCAUUCUAAACGUCAUAUGUAAAAUUAUUCUAAUACUUAAUUAUAUAUUGUCUUUAUGCGUAUGCGGGUUUUCCUAUAUAAAAAUGUUUUAUGAAAUAAUUUGAUUCACUCACGUGAGUGUGUUGAUAUAUUCGUGGAUCUAUUGAUACAUUAUUCAUUAAAUACAAUAUGAAAUACUUAGGAACGCAAAAUUCGUAGACGGUUUAGAAUCCCGUGGUUACGGGUUUACACGUCCCGAUGUAAAUAGACGUGUUUACCAAACUUAGCAACCCACACAUUAAUAUCUUUCAAAGAUUUUGCAUCACAUAUUAGAAGAAUAUUAACAUCAUCCCCUUUGAUAAUUUCUUAUUCAAACGAUGUCGGAUAUUUUAUUAAAUACAUGUGAAAUAAUCAAAAUAAUAAAAUGUAAUGAAAAAAAAAAAUAAUUUAAAAAUAAUAAUUUGAAAACAUUGAAUAUUGAUGAUUGUUUAAUGUUAUCACGAAAAUAAUACGGUAUUACAGCUAAUUAGGCUCUUUGUUUCUCAUGUGUAUCUAUCUAAGUAUGGUAUGCUCAAAUGGUACCGCGGUAACGGAAUGAGCUCGCGGAGGAUGGUCCUCUUGGAACGGAAGUAGGUUGUUGGGUAUUUACCAAUUUUCCAGGUAGUGAGAUAGGUAUUUGAUUAUUCUGAACAUUAUGAUUAUCACUCAAAUGCUUUAAAAAUAUUAUAACUGAUUCUCUCUUGUUUGUUUAAUAUGUGUGUUUCACCAUGUUCAAUAUUAUAUUCUUAACCGUUAAACAGUUAGGCAUAGUAUUUCAUUAUUAUCUUAUUCAUUCAUAAUAUUGUGUCACGUCCAUCUACUACUCACUACUAUAUGACGGACCGCGUUGAUGUCCCAACGGGAUUGAGUUCGAUGCUCAAAGUUACUGUGACAAGUAUAUACGUACAUAUUACUUGUUUUUAAUUUAUGUAUUUGAUACUCGGUAUGUUAAGCGAUACUUUUUCGGUUUCGGUCUAGGUUCUUGAGAAAACCAAAAAAGGGUUUAGGUAAGGUCCGAUAUUUUCAAAAGGUUCCGGUUAAAAUAACUGUAUUUUAAUUUCGGUCGCAAUCCCUGCAAACCUGUAAAUGUGACUCGCGUGACUCGUGUGAGUCGCUAAGCCAAGUCGUAUAUUUAUAAUAUUAUGGUUUUAUGUAUUUUUUCUUAAUGCCCUUAAACUUUUACUGACUUAGACAAGUAUUUGGAACAACAAUCUUUGUACAAACUAUCUAAUUUAUUCACACGAUUAUUUUAAGUUAUUUUAAAUAAACCGUUCAACAGUAGACAAUUCACUGUUGUGCUAUAACUGUACUGCAUUCACAAUAUCAGUUUUGUAUACAAGCUCGGUACUGAUAUCUACCGUAGAUCCAUGUGUCCGCCCUCCAUCCUUUAAAUUCAUGUGUUCAGAAGUAUCACGGAUUUCUUUAAAUGUCACGGUCUGUUCGGGGGAAAACGAUUGACGUUCUCGUCGAUAUGAAUGUGAACGAAACGCAUUCUAAUUCCGAUCACUGAUAUUAUGAUAUUGUAAUAAUGUAACGUUUUAAUGAUAAAAUAUCCAAAACGGGACUCAUCCGGCGAAUAUUAUAAUCAAUUAAAAUUCUGACAACAAUAAGACGAUUCAGUACAAUGUUUCACUAUAGGUAUGUCUAACCAACCACUGUUCCACUGUAUAUUGUAAUAUUCUUCGGGCGUCAUCAUUCGUAAACGUUCCGAUCACUUAUUUACAAACAUUGUAAAGUAUAGGGCCCGAACGUUGGUGCUUAAAAUAUGAAUUUAUAGCACAAAAAUACAAGAAAAUUCUCUAAAAUGCUGAUAUGUAAUAGCUAUUACACUAGUGACCUCUAAAUAUUAAAAAAAAAAUUUUCGUAAAAUUGUUAAAGUUAAUAAACUGAUUGAUUGAUUUAAAAAUUCGAAACUUUCAUUAAUUAUACGUUACCUACAUCAAAUUGAGAAAAAUAAUAUAAAAAUAACAAAUAAUAAGCUUGUAAAUUUUCUAUGAAAGAUCUGCAGGUUUUGCAUCACAUUUCAGAAGAAUAUUAACGUCAUUACCUUUGAUAAUUUCGUAUUCAAAUGACGUCGGAUAAGUCAUAUUUUAUUGAAUAUUAUACAUAAUUCAUGUCAAACAAUCAAAACAAUAAUGUGUUAUGCAACGGAAACAAUAAUAAUUUGAAAACAUUGAAUGUUGAUCGUUUUAUAAUGUUAUGACAAACGCAAUACGGCCAAUUAGAGAUCUCGAUUUCUUACAAUGGGUACGGUACGUUUAUAUUAAUAUAUUAUGCGUUAAAUAGUUAGACAUAUUAUUUCAUUUGUAUCUCGUUCAUUCAUAAUAUUGUUGCGUGUCACUCAUACUACCGAGGAUAUACUACGGACCGCGUCAUCGGGGUAGAGUUCUAUGGUCGAAGUCACUAUAUGAAGUGUUUUAAUUUAUAUAUUUAAUACAUAGUAUGUGUGUCAAGAUAUACUUGAUCCGGUUCCGGUUUAUGUUCUUGAGAGAAUAAAAAAAAAGCGUUUCGGUAAAGUACCGGUUAACGUUAAGCAACAUUCUAUACUCUCAACACGAUUUUAAUACUUUUUUGUUAAUGCCUUUAAAAUUUUACUGACUAGCAAAAGUAUUUUCAAUAACAAUCUUUGCACAAACCGUCUAAUUCGUUGGUAAAAUCCUUUAUGAAAUUAUUAUCAGGUACCUACCUACUGUUCUUUUACCCGGUAAAAUAGAAAAAAAAUGUAAAAAGGAAAGUUUUGGAAUAGAGAACAUUUCGUUAACAAAAUCAGAAAAUAAAUUAUUCAUUCAUUAUGAAUAAUAUAUUAUAUAGUAGGUACGCUUCGGAAAGCACAUUAAAAAAAGUAAAUAAUUGCAUGAAAAAAAAAUGAAACCCAUCUUUUGGGUUAAUACUACGAAUGCAUAUUUUAUAUUUAUUAUGCACGCACCACGCGUGGGCAUACGGGUGACCCUUUGAUUCAUUUAACAUGAAUAUUAUGUUUUUCGAUGAUUUAAAAUAACAAAAUUGCUGACGUUAUUUCGAACCAUGCAGUGCGGAAAUUUCUUUCGAUUCGCACUCAAUUUAUACGCGGCCGUCCAUCUCUACGUUUAAACUAUAACAUACAGAGUGAUUCGCCGAGCAGGGUGACCCCAUUUUUUUUCACUUGAUGAUGAACUUAUUAAAAUAAGAUUUUUGGAAUUUUUAAAAAUGCCUAUACUUUUAAAAAAUAGACAGCAUUUUAAAAUUCUUGAGAUUUUGUUGUAUUAUGCGUAAGGAGUGUGUCCGUGGCGAUAGAGAUUCCUAUUUUUCAAAAUUUGAGAAACUCAUAUUAUUUUACUGUAAUUUGUUUAUUGGAAAAUUUUUUUGAAAAACUUCGAUGUAUCUAACUAAAAAUCAGAAAGAGUAGUUUUUCAGAUAUAUUUAAACGUUCACGGAAAAAAAUAUAAACUUGAUAUUUUUAGUUGGCAAGUAUAGUAUAGUUGAAGUAAUCAAAUUUUUGGUUAGAUAUUCUUAAAUGGUAAAGUAAAUUGAACCAGAACUAUAUAGUUAAGCAAUAUAAUUGUUCUACUGAUACAUUUUGUUGAAGAAAAUGGCACAGUUAUUUAAAAGUUUCACACAAUAUUAGUAUUUGUGUGGGUUUUCCUUUAUAUUUUGAAUUUUUAAUAUAAAUUUAUAUUACCUAAAACUAUUAUAAACAAUAUUAUAACAUUUGAAAUGUAAUAUCAUAUCAAGUAUUUGUUAUACUUGAAUUAUUUUUAUAAAUUAUAAAUACUGAUAGAUCAAUAUUAUAUUAAAUGACUACAGUAAUUUUCCAAAUAUCCAUAGCCCCCCAUUCCCCAUAUCUAUUCUAAACCUAUAUUAUCCUUGGUGCACAUAAUAGUUAAGUAACUGAAAAUCUAUUUGUUCAAAUUUUGAAUUCGACGCGUUGAAGUUUUCAGAAAAAUUAUCCACCAAAUAAUUUAAAGUUGUAGUGAGGGAGGGGGACUUGAAUUAUAGUACAGAAAAUCUCAAGAGUUCGAUAAUAUGAUCUUUAUGGGCUCGAAACCGAUAACAUUUUGAAAACCAGUGUUUAUCUGUAGGUAUACUUAGUUUCGAGUUUCGGUUUCGACUAUCACGGUUUUUAUUAUUGCCCGUUUCGGUUUCGGUUUAGAGUACUGGUAUGUAUUCGUUCGGUUUCGAAUACUUGUAUUGCCUUUUUUUUUUUUACAAAAUAGAUCCUCCAAAAUCAAUAAUCGAAUAAAUUCGUUCACAAACGAAAACACGGUUGGUGAGCACUCUCGACGAAUCACUCUGUAUACAGUAUAAUAUUGUUAGCGGCCUACGCACGAGCACGGCAAUAACGCGUUAUCGUCCAUGAUAUAACAUUUUCGAGCGUAUUCGAACGGCCGCGGGAUAACGAUUCGGGCGAUUCGGGGGGUUUUUUUUCGUUAAUAAUAAACAUUUUUGCCCCGGCGAAUGUCAAAUAUUUCGAAGCCAUAUACUCAAUACACUACUCCACGUUGCGCGCGUGCAGUCGUCGGCCGUCCGGUAGGCGAUAAAUUCAAAGCGAUUCUCUGGUAUGUCGUUUCGUUCACGCACCGCCGUAAUAAUUCGGUCGCGUUUCGGAAAAUUUGCCAAAAAAAAAAAAUUAAAAUCGAAUAAAUACAACUCGCGAAUGACGAAUUCCGGGUCGUGCGAUCGUCAGAUAUUCGACAAUCAUCAAUAUGCCGAGGCGGCAGGAAUGGCGAAAAUUCGUGAGAGCUGUGUCGGCUGUCGAGUGGUAUUAAUAUCUGCACCGCAGAAGUCGAGUAACGCAAGUCGCAAAAAAACAAAUUUUACGGGAGAGACAAAACAUAAGAAAUUCGUUGCAACGGACUUACAAUAUUGUACAGUUACAUCAAACAUAUUAUUUCGUACUACUUUUAUUGUGUAAUCGCUGGACAUGCGUUUCUAUACUCCUGUCGUAUAGUUUAGGACUUGAGUUAGUAUAAUACCUACUCAUUGCUAUCUACGAAUUUACCGUAUAUAGGACUUACUAACCUUUCAAAAGAUCACAAAAAGCAUAAUAUUUUGAUUAUAGAACUAAUUCAAAAUUUCAAAAAAUACACUUGCGUUAGUUGAAUUCUGUGGUAUCUAUAGACAAAUUAUCCGGGUGCCUACCUACGUCUUAUCCAGAUAAUUAAUAAUUAAUAAAUAAAUUAGUGUCUGGUACUGGGGCAUCCGAGAUUUGAAUCGUGAAAAUCCAUAGAUAUCUAUGAAAAUAUCGUUGUGUAUUGUGUGUAUUUUUUUUUCGAUAAUCGUUAACUCACAUUUUAGUCAUUUCACAUCAAAUAUUACAACAAAAAAAAAUCAUACAAUUUGUUGGGCCGUUGGAUUAAGCAUGGCAGUAGGUACAGAUCUCCUCUGUUUCUAUGCCGAACGCGGAAUACGGUGAGACCAGAGACAUUUUGAAAUUGAAAACAUUGGGGAACACCUUAUUGGAGCAUGUGUAAAAAAGUAAAGUGAUGCCUUUUUCUGGGGGUAAAAAAAAGGGCUAUCCUAUAGUAUGACGCAUAAAAAUGUUACAUGAUAUAAUUCGCGCAAAGUCCUGUACACGUCAAUAUCAAAUUACAACUAAUUUUAUAUUAUGAAGCAAGGUGAAAAGAUUUUAAAAAUUAAUAUAGGUAGGUAAUUUGCACCUAAAAUCUAAAUUGCCAAAUUAUGGAUCUAUCGCAGUAAGAUAAUUCGUACAAAAUUUUAUUAAAAUUAAAAGCUUGGCGUAUUUAAUCGAUAGAGUAAUAAUCGCUUGAAAUUUCAAAAUUGAAAAUUUCACUCUACUCGAAGUAGAUGAUUAAAAAUGGUUAUUGAGAUUACACGCAUAAAAUAUCGACAACGAAAGACUUAUCAGACCGAGGCUUAACCACGACAGUGGUUAUAACAUUUCUGUAUGAAUGCCAUGUUAUGCUAUCGGUUAACUUAUAAUUUAUCAACUGGAUCCAUAUUGUCAAUCAUUUUUUAGUAUUCGGUACAAUCGAAACUGACAAUCGAACUGACUUUUAAAAAUGUCCUCUUGUUUCGAGUAUAUGACCAUAAACACUUUUAGAUAUCUACUUCCUAUGGUAAACAAUUUUUUUAAAUUUUUAUUUUUCACGAAACAUUUCCAGCAAAUAAAUUUCACGAGUUUCUACAUUCCUAUCCGGAGCGCACACUGCAGAUUUUUUGUGAUUUCGGCGCUUUCGUACCCGCACGAUGUACUAUUGAUUUUUUUUCUCAUCUCGUAUUGUCACGGCUUAUGAUUUUCACAGAAAAAAAAUUUAGAUUCGCGUGACUACUCCUUGCGAGCCCACGUUUGGUUUAUGGGACAUUUUCGGUGCCGAAAAUAAUUGCCAGUCGUCCGCCUCCGGCUGCGAAUUCGGGUGGUCGUUUUUUCGUUCUUCG